CUUCUUAUCUCGACUAUCAAGUUCUCUAUUAUACCAAGGAACAACCAUGGCCCGUGCUUUCUCUUCGACUGCUCGGACCCUUGUCAGAUGGUUGGGCUAUGAUAAGGAGCUUCUCACGCCGGAGUUCCAGCAGGCACUAGAUCUUAUUCGGCACCGCAACGACGGUAGUAGCCCUGUCCAUCCAUCUCAAUACCACCCUAAUGAUAAAGAGCUGAUUAUCAGCGCUCGGAUCAAGCACCAAUGGGCCGGCUCCAGCCCAUCACAUCUAUGA